CGCCUCCUUCUUUCCUCCCAAGGAAAGAGGAUUUUCAGGUGAUGUGUCGGUGCCUCCUUCGGGGGACCAGCCGAAGCUCUCUGGGUGGUUCACUUAGUAGCACUGCCUCAUGUGACGAUCUUUGCCUGGAUAAAGAAGAGGUAAGAGCUUCUGUGGUCUCUUUGGAGGAAUUCUCGGAUCAAAGAUGGCUGAGCAGGGCUCAGACUGCCCCGAAACAAAAAUAGACCCUGAUUCCGUUAAGACCGAGAGCAGUGGGGAAUUCUGGGAAAGAACAAUUGGGAUGCUCCAGGAUGUGGACAUGGCUAGCUCAGACCUGCAGCUCCAGCAUUUCAGGCAAUUCCACUACCAGGCAGCCCAGGGCCCCAGAAAAAAUUGCAGCCAACUCCACAGUCUUUGUCGUCAGUGGCUGAAGCCAGAGCAGCACACGAAAAACCAAAUCCUGGAUCUGGUAAUCCUGGAGCAGUUCCUGACCAUCCUGCCAGCAGAGAUGGCGAGCUGGGUGAGAGAAUGCGGAGCAGAGACCAGUUCCCAGGCGGUGGCCCUGGCAGAAGGCUUCCUUCCGAGCCGGGCAGAGGACCAGAAGCAGCAGAUACGGAGUCUGUUUGCAGAAGUGGGACCUGGUUUCCCGGCAGCAGAAGAGGCUCCGUUGGACACCUUAGAGAUUGUCCCGCGAAGGGGAGGGAUCCAGCCGGAGUGUGAUAGAUGUUCCACCUUGCAGGGGACAGCAACGAUGCUGGCAAUAUGUACUGAGUCACCUCUUCCUCUUCGUGAUAGAGUGGAACCGGAUCAGGCUCUGGUGACUUUUGAGGAGGUUGCCGUGUGCUUCGCGGAGGAGGAGUGGGCCCUGCUGGAUCCUGACCAGAGAGCCCUGCACAGGCAGAUCAUGGAGGAGAACCGUGGGAUCAUGGCCACUCUUGAACGUGAGAGAUGGGAAGCAGAGAAGAACAGAGAACCAUGUGGGACGCUACCAAAAAGAGAUGGAUCUAUAAAUAACAAACAUCAGAGAAAGAAAACUGAAGUAAAUUGCAAUGUGGAAUGUGGGAAGAGUUUCAGUGAGAAGUCAAAUCUCACUCAUCAUCAAAGAACUCACACAGGGGAGAAACCUUAUAUUUGUUUGGAGUGUGGAAAAAUCUUUAGUCAGAAGGCUUAUCUCACUCAUCACAAAAGGACUCACACAGGGGAAAAACCUUAUCAUUGUCUGGAGUGUGGAAAGAGCUUCAGUGAGAAGAGAACUCUUACUUGUCAUCAAAGAACUCACACAGGGGAAAAACCAUAUCAUUGUUUGGAGUGUGGAAAGAGCUUUGGACAGAAGAUCACUCUCACUCGACAUCAGAGAACUCACACAGGGGAGAAACCGUAUCAUUGUUUGGAGUGUGGAAAGAGCUUCAGUAACAAUCAAAAUCUUACUUCUCAUCGAAGAAUCCACACAGGGGAGAAACCAUAUAAAUGCUUGGAGUGUGGAAAGAGCUUCAGUGAGAAGAAAACUCUUACUUCUCAUCGAAGAAUCCACACAGGGGAGAAACCAUAUCAUUGUUUGGAGUGUGGAAAGAGCUUCAGUGAGAAGAAAACUCUUUCUUAUCAUCAAAGAACUCACACAGAUGAGAAACCAUAUCAUUGUCUGGAGUGUGGAAAGAGCUUCAAACAGAAGAUCAAUCUCACUCAACAUCAGCGCUUCAGUCAGCUGAAACAUCUCAAACCGGAGCGACACACGAAAAACCAAAUCCUGGACCUGGUGAUCCUGGAGCAGUUCCUGACCAUCCUGCCAGCGGAGAUGGCGAGCUGGGUACAGAGUCUGUUUGCAGAAUUUGGACCCGAUUUCCCUGCAGCAGAGAAAGCUCCAUCAGGAGCCAGAGAGGGUCCCCCACAAAGAGGGAUCAGGCAGGAGGGUGACGAACGUCUUGCCUUGCAGGGGACAGCAACGAUGCCGGAUAUAGGUUCAGAGCUGUCUCUUUUUCACUAUGUUGAAGUGGAACUGGAUCAGGAAGAAACAUGUUCUUUUUUUAUCGAGGGCCCGGUGACUUUUGAGGAGGUUGCGGUGUGGUUCACGGAGGAGGAGUGGGCCCUGCUGGAUCCUGACCAGAGAGCCCUGCACAGGCAGGUCAUGGAGGAGAACUGCGAGCUCAUGGCCUCUCUCGAAAAUGACAGGUUGGAAGCUGAGAAUAUGAGAGAAACAUGCGGGAUGUCAGUGGAAAGAGACAGAUGUCUAAAUAACAUACAGCAGAGAAGGAAAACACAAACAAAUCAGACUAUAAGUGAUAAUCCAUUUGCUUCUCAGGGCAUUGGCUUCCAUGAUAUCACAACCCCAGAAAAUGAAAUACAUGAAAGAUUUGAAACAAAUAGGAAAACUUUUAAUUCUGAAUCAAAUGUUAAAGCUCAUUGCAACAUUCCCAUAUAUAAAUGCCUGGAAUGUGGAAAGAGCUUCAGUAGCAAGGGACCUCUUACCUGUCAUGAAAGAACACAUACAAGAGAGAAGCCAUAUAAAUGCUUGGAGUGUGGAAUGAGCUUCAGUCAGAAAGGAAAUCUCACUCGGCAUCAAAGAACUCACACAGGAGGUAAACCAUAUUGUUGUUUGGAGUGUGGAAUGAGCUUUAGCCACAAGAGAAAUCUUACUUCUCAUCGAAGAACACACACAGGAGAUAAACCGUACCAUUGUUUGGAGUGUGGAAAGAGCUUCAGUCAGACGAAAACUCUUAUUCGUCAUCAAAGAACUCACACAGGAGAGAAACCAUACCAUUGUUUGGAGUGUGGAAAACGCUUCAGUGAGAAGGGAACUCUCACUCAACAUCAAAGACUUCAUACAGGGAAGAAGCCAUUUCAUUGUUUGGAGUGUGGAAAGAGUUUCAGUCAGAAGAUCACUCUCACUCUACAUCAAAGAACUCAUACAGGAGAGAAACCAUAUCAUUGUUUGGAGUGUGGAAAGAGCUUCAGGAACAGUCAUAAUCUCACUGAACAUCAAAGAACUCACACAAAGGAGAAGCCUUAUCAUUGUUCAGAGUGUGGAAAGAGCUACAGAUACAAAAGCAAUCUCAGUGAACAUCAAAGAAUUCACACAGGAGAGAGACCAUUUCCUUGUUUUGAGUGUGGAAAGAGCUUCAGGACCCAUCAUCAACUCACUGAUCAUCAAAGAACUCACACAGGCGAGAAACCUUAUUAUUGUUUGGAGUGUGGAAAGAGCUUCAAUCAGAAGACAUAUCUCACUUGUCAUCAAAGAACUCACACAGGGGAGAAGCCUUAUCAUUGUUCGGAGUGUGGAAAGAGCUACAGACAGUCGAGCAAUCUCCGUGAACAUGAAAGAACUCAUGCAGGAGAGAAACCAUAUCCAUGUUUGGAGUGUGGAAAGCGCUUCCGUCAGAAGACACAUCUCACUCGACACCAAAGUACUCACACAGGUGAGAAACCUUAUUACUGUUUGGAGUGUGGAAAGAGCUUCAACCAAAAGUCAGAUCUUACUUGUCAUCAAAGAACUCACACAGGGGAGAAACCUUAUCAUUGUUCGGAGUGUGGAAAGAGCUACAGACACACGAGCAAUCUCCGUGAACAUCAAAGAAUUCACACAGGGGAGAAACCAUAUCAUUGUUUGGAGUGUGGAAAGGGUUUUCGUCAGAAGGCACAUCUGACUCGACAUCAAGGCACUCACACAUUGGAGAAAUUGUAAAACUCCAAUUUUUGAAAAGGCAAGGUCAUAUCUUUUUGACCAACUUUGGUGAAAACUGAUUGAAGAAAGGAGUUUUUCCUUGGUCUGGUGAGGCUCUAAACUGCGAAACAUUAAGGUUUUCCUGCUCCAUUAAAGCAAUUGCAGUCAAAUUAAGUCAUGCAUACUCAGCAUCAUUCUAAAGCUACAGUGCUGCCAGUGGAGCUGAUUUCAGAUGGAUUUGAUGUCGCCGAGGGAAUCUAGUGGAUUCUGUGUGCAAUGCCUAUUCGUCUAGCUUUGAAAUGCGAUUUUUUGUUGUCAGCACAUGUGACUAAGUGUAAAUCAAGUGUGGUAGAAUUCCUCUAGCAUUGUGGUAAGAUUCAGAUGUUGAUCCUACAACACGGGAAGAAUCAAUGCUCACCUCCUAUAAUGCAAUGGAUUGAAGACCUAACAACACUAGCAACAUUCAAAAGGGUGACAUAAAGGCGCUACUUGCAAAUGGACAUAUAUGUGGAUAUUUGGUCUGUUUUUAAUCCACUUUUUCUAGAAUGUUUUAAUAAUUGAAAAUGAGACUUUUAAUGCAUGUUAUGUCUUUUCUCUUGGUUCUUUUAGUUUCUCACUUUCUUUUGCUUGUUUUUGUUGACAUUUACAAUAAAAAUCAAUUUAAAAGGC